UGGCAGGAGAGCAUCAGAGUGGCUGGUCCGCUUCGAGGUCUACAAUGGGGACAACAGAGAUAGUCCUCUGCUUUUUUCUUGGACAUCUUAUUGCUGUUCAGUCACGAAUGAAGGAGCAGGAUGAUGCAUUUCCCAGAGAGUUUCCAGGAUUUUUUGACUACAUUUCACCUUUUCCAUUCAAACGCAACUUUGAUUUCACUCCUUAUGACACCAUCUUCAGCUCAUGGCGAACUCGGAUUCCUGAUUUUCACAUGCUAUCUGAGUUCCCUCCCAUCAUGCACGUUCCGAAUGUAGAGGUGUUUUGCGAUGUGUCUGAGCUGACCCUGCGGGUGGAUAAAAGAUUAAACGGUGUCAUACUGUCUGCAGAGGAGAUACAGUUGGGUGAUGGCUGCUACAGCAAUAGAGUGCUACCGCACCAAUUUGUCUUCGUGUACAGAUUGGAUGAGUGUGGAACUGCACAUGUGGUGCAGAAUGGCCUGGAGACGUUCACAAACACCAUCUACUUGAAUCUCAAAAAACCUCUCCCCAACUGGUGGCAAACUCCUUCCCCAGUGCACAUCUCCUGCACCCCGAAGAGGUCAUAUGCUGAUCCAAACUUCUUUGUCUCUGCUGCAUUUUCUGAAAAUGACAAGAUCUUUGACAUCAAAGCCAUGAAUCCCACCUGGAGCAGCACUGCAGAGUCUAGUAUCUACAAAAGAGGCCAGGCUGUCAACCUCCAGCUUUCUGCCCAAACCGGACCAAAGCAGCAGCUCUUCAUCCACUCCUGCUUUGUUUCUGCGUCUCCCGAACCUGAGACUGCGCCCAGGAAAGCAGUCAUAUUGAAUAAAGGGUGCACGGCCCCACUGGGUUCUCCUCAUGCUGUCGUACAAUUUGUGGCUUCUAACAGAGCAGAUGUGGUUAAUUUGGCUCUGAACACGUCUUAUCUCAUUUCUGAGAUGUACAUUCAUUGCAGUGUCCUCCUCUCAGACAAGGGUGUCACUAUGGGCUCUAAAUCCUGCAACUAUAAUGUGAUCCAGUCAAGAUGGGAGGACCUGAGUGGAACAGCAGAGGUGUGCAAGUGCUGCAGCUCAAAAUGUAAAGGCCCGUCAAUCAAGCACCUCCCUGACGAUGUCAAGGCUGUUGUCAGCAUUGGCCCAUUAGUCAUUGUGGACGAAGAUGUAGAGAUGACUCCAGAGCCUUCACUCUCUGAACUGCAAGAAACCCCCAGUCCUCCUGUUGGUGACCCCAUACAGUUUGAUGCCUCUGAUGGAGCAGCGACUGAGGAUGCAAUUGUUUCUGGUACUUCAAUAUCAGGAAGCAAGCUCUCCUCGCCACCUCAGGGUGUCAUGGUUGUGAGUCAGGACCCGGCUGGAAGGCUGACCCUUUGGCUGCCUGAAGAGGUGAAAGAUACUGAACAAAGCGAGAAUAUCAGUUCUGAGUCUGACGACUACUUGACAGUUGAGUUACAAGCAAAUGACCUUCCUGAGCUGCAAGUCUUGACUGCAGACCAGCAGUCUCCAAAUGAGAUCAGAGAUCAUAAUAUGAAUCUUCUUACACUGGUUGACUUGAUAAUUACUCCACAACUGGAAAAGGCAUCAGCUGCAGAGGACUCUCAAAUGAAAAUGUGGCUGGGAGGCGUUCAACUGUCACACACUGAGGCUCCAGAAGAAGCUGAUGUCCCUCUGCCAGAUGAGACAUCUGAAGAAAAGGAUAAUUUUAGCAAAAUGAGCGAUGAGCUGGCUCAAAGGCAUGCAGAUCCAGCUGUUAUGUCCGGAGAAGGACCAAAUGAUGUACGUCCUAUAAUUCGCUCAAAACUUCAGUUCUCCAAAGGAAGAGAUGGCUUGCAAACAUUGAGCUACGAGGAAGAAGAGGUGAUGCAAGAGGACAAAGGUGUGAUCAGAAGAUUAGGGAUGGAUGCACUUAAAAGAAAACCAAGGCAGAUGGGAAUGCGGUCAACUUUCCUGGAUUUGUUGAGGAGGAUGGACAAAGCGGAAUAAUUGCAGCUUCAUAAGAAUAACCAUUGCAUUGAAUAAAUGUAUUUAAGCUGUAAA